AUGCCUUCAAAGAACAUCCUCUAUCCUUCGGUACCAUCGAGCACAUUGCCGUUGCUAUAUCUUUCUGGCUUAUUGCGCGGUAUCGAGCGCAACAUGGAUGCUGUGCCGACGUACCCCGCCACUUCGGUCAAAAGGACGCGCAACAUGCUACAAUCAACCGCAUAUAGUCUUCCCGCAGAGAUCCUCAGCUUGAUUUUCCGCGAUGCCAUUCGUGCAAUGAACCUCCCGCUGUUCAUGCCAGGAUGCGGACAGCACUCCGCGGGAUGGUUCAUCCUGCUAUGGGUCUGCAGUAGAUGGCGCGACAUCAUCGUCGCGAACGCGUCAAUAUGGGCUUCUUGUUACUCGCAUUAUCCUAAACUACAGGCGAUCUUCCUUGCCCGUGCAGGCCGUGUGCCGCUUGUGUACAGGGUCAACGCAUGGGAGCCUGCAAUCUCACCCUUCUCAGCGAUGUUCUACACUGACGAUCUUACGCUCAACAAAUUCUUCGCCGCCACCCCACUUGAGAAGUGUUCCGAAAUACAUGUCGCCGAUGGUCGGGGCAACGAUGUGACCGACCAUAUUUUUGCGUUGGCAGCUUUAGCGGGGAAAUCUCCUUUGCGACACUUACGAACGCUGUACCUCUCAACGUGGCAAUGGAACUGGAGCGGGCCUAAAGCGAAAGCAUUGACUGAAGGAUCCGACAUCGCCCCCAUCAUCAGCGACGUUCUCGAGGACGUAUAUUUCGAAAACUGCUGGACAGUCGUCUGCUCACCUAGUAUCGAGCGGUUCACCUCGAUCUUCGCAUCAGGAAACUAUCUCCGUCCAACCAUACACACAUUCUAUCACGCCAUGAAGCUUUCUUGCUGGAACGCCCUCACCACGCUAAAACUCGUCAACCCUGUCGGCGGAUCCUAUCGUGACGAUGUGACUCAACAACAAUCUGCUCCAAUCGCAAUGCCAAGCUUGAAAGAUAUGGUAUUAAUCGGUUAUGCGCCUCAUAUAGCCAACCUCCUGCGCAUCAUCUUAUGGCCGCAGCACGGAACCAAGCUCAGAGUGCGUACCAUCGUAGGAGACGGCCCUGCGCAGAGUCUGCGAGACGAAGAAAUGAUCUUGGAUCUUUGCUGCCGCCCUUCAAGCACAACAUCCUUUCAGUCCCUUUCCGUCGAACAUCUUGGCCACAGGCAAAUCGCGGACCGCACCAUCGUACGCGCUUGGUCAGACGAUUGGAGUUCACGCACUCGGUCUCCUCCCGACCCUGACAUUGUCGUCUCGUUCGGCGGCGCGUACCUCCCAUGCGCGUGGCACGAGACGACCAUCGCGGCCACGCGAGCAUGCGGAAGCUCGCACAUCCGUCUUCUCGUACUCGCUCUCCUACCGGGUGAUCAUCAAAAGUCCCAUACACCUUGGGAACAAGUGUUCCUCGCGAUGCCCAACUUACGCGUGCUGUUCCCGUGGAAGAGGGUCAUGGCAAGCAUUGGUGACGUCCGAGAUGACCAUCCGCUGGGAACCGAAUUUCGCAAACGCGUAGUCGAUUUCGAAACACUUCCUCACGCAAACCACGACGCUUACAGAUUUUCGCAAGAGAUAUGUUAG